UGUCAGGUAAGUAACGAGUAUUUGUCAUCAAAUGUAUCACACGUGUAUAAACGAAUAACUAUUCAAGAUAUUCCAGUUUGAACGCAAUAUACGCAACUUUAUGUGAAUACAUGUGUGAGAUAUUGCGGUGUUCAACCAGACGCAAUAAUGAAUUCGGUAAAGAGCAAUAGCACGUCCACUGGUAACGGACUGGAGGAUCUUGAAAUACCUGGGCAAGUUUACCUAAGAGACGCUUUAACGAGUUGUACAGAUCCACUGAAAGCCAUCGAAGAAUUUCAGUUACAGAAUGGUAUAUUAUUACCAUCACUGCGUCCCAUGUUACCCUUACUUGAUCUACAUGGGGUUAGAAGAUUAGAUUUUCACGCCUCUGUUCUUGAGGAGCUACGUGAGAGGUUAAUUAAACAAAUUAACGAGCUUGGCGUGGAAAGAACUGAUAAAAAAAGUUCUUCCGCUGAUAAAAGACUGAAAGAAUUGUUGUCUAAAAGUUUUCCUGCUGUGAGAGUCCCCGCUUUGCGACCUGUUGUCAUGUGUAUUUUAAGAAAUACACCACACAUCGAGGACAAAUAUUUACGAGUAUUGGUCAAAGAAAAGGAGUUGUACAAUGAUGCCGAUACAGAAGUGAAACGACAAAUCUGGAGGGAUAAUCAAAGUCUUUUCGGAGACGAAGUUUCUCCGUUAUUUAGCCGUUAUAUCAUCGAGAAGGAGCAGAUUUUAUUUGACCAUCGCAAUUUAAAUAGUCUGUUUUUUACGCCGUCUCCUAAGGUGAGGAGGCAAGGGGAAGUUGUGCAAAAAUUAGCCCACAUGAUUGGGCACAGCGUAAAAUUGUACGACAUGGUACUGCAGUUUCUAAGGACCUUGUUUCUACGUACCAAGAAUAUUCAUUAUUGCACUUUGAGAGCGGAACUGCUAAUGGCAUUGCACGAUUUAGAGGUGCAAGAAAUCAUCUGCGUAGAUCCGUGUCACAAGUUCACUUGGUGUUUGGAUGCCUGUAUCCGAGAGAAGAACGUGGACGUUAAGCGAUCUCGUGAGUUGCAAGGUUUUCUCGAUAGCAUCAAGAAGGGACAAGAGCAGGUGUUGGGGGAUCUCAGUAUGACCCUGUGCGAUCCCUAUGCGGUGAACUUUCUCGCCAGCAGUGCAAUCAAAAUAGCGCUUCAUUUGAUAAACGGUGAAGCAUUACCCAGAGAGAACGCCGUGCUUGUAUUGUUAUUACGGAUGCUUGCACUGGGACUCUCCGCUUGGCAGAUGAUCGACUUGCAAGACUUCAAGGAGCCAAAACUAGACAGUCAAGUCGUUACGAAGUUUCUGCCAGCACUGAUGUCACUCAUGGUGGACGAUCAGAUAAGACAACUCAAUUGUAGACUUCCACCGGACGAAAGAGAAAGCGCAAUUGCGAUAAUAGAGCAUUCUGGGCCGCCUCCCGACGCGUGCCAGGCCUAUGCUCAGCUCUCCGGAGUGGCCGCAGUUUUGUCCAUGUAUUAUGCGUUACACGUUGGCGGCGGCGGCGGAGUUGGACGGGGCAGAGGAGACGCCAGGGGUCUGAUGAGGGUACUGGCGACUUUACCAAAUUGCGAAGCGCAACGGGCUUUCGAAGAUCCAUUUUUGCACACAUUGGUUUCACUGCUGAUACUGAACAUGGCUGAUGAAUUCUCGAAUGAAUCCUUCUGUACAGUAAUUUUUGACGAGUUUUUCUUAGCUGGUUUAGGCAGAGACAAUGUCACACGGCAUCUGUUGAAACUCCUCUGGUAUAUAUAUCCUAAGUUGCCUUCCACGCGAUUGCACUCGCUGUUGAAAGCCUUGCAACCAACGAGUCAGCACAACGAAGCAGUUCACACUCUUUAUGAAUCUCUGCGUGACAAGGUCGGUAGCCACUCUACGGAAGAUCAAUUAGCAUCAAGAGCUCAAAUGGAUACGUUAGGCCUCGAUUGUCCUUCCUCUACACUUACUGGGUUAUCAACUCCAACAUCAAGCGCGCUUUAGAAAUAUCUUUCGAAAUGAAUAAUAAUAAUGUUCAUUGAACUUUCCUAAUUUAUGGAUUUAGGAGCUUUAUGAGGACACAUUAUUAUUGGUACGUUUCAUAAUAUAUCUUGACCAAUUGCCUAGUUUUAUUUACCUUUAAGAUUUUUGAAAAUUUCCAAAAAUGUUUUGACUUGAUCAGUUUAUAAGAAUAAAACACUGUAAUUAUAUCUAAAUUAUAAUUAUUAAAUAUAAUUGUAAAAAAGUAAUUCUAUAAAAAGAAACAAAUAUGAAAGUUUAUAAAAAAACAAACAAUUAUUUUAAAUGCCCUAAUAAGGUUCUUACUUACAAUCGAUGUUUUAUAAGAAUCGAAAUUGUACAUGUGUAUAUUUACAAAAUUGUACAUUUAUACAUUUAUAAAACUCAUACAGUCCG